CGUCGAGGUAGACUUCGGGCCCACCCUCCCUCAGCAGACGACAUAGCAUCUUCAUGCAAUUCUAUAUACACUACUAAAUCCCUUUGUCAAAUUCAUUGUGUGUUUGAAUUGCUGGACUUAAUCCAAUUACCAACCUUUCGACUUAUUAAUGCAUAUACGAAUUUAACGAAUCACGAACACGACCGAAAAAUCUACGCUCUCCGGACGUCAUGGCUUCGUCGACGCCAACUUCUCCCGCCGCGUCCAGGGAAGGCUCACCCGCGCCAUUGCUCAGCCCAAGAUCGAAGAUCAAAGCUCUCCUUGCCACAGUAGAUAGCAGUGAUGAUGAACAUACGACUGCAGCUAAACCAAGAAAGGCUUCUGCUACAGUAGCGGAUGACAGCGACUCCGACGUUCCAGUACGCCCACGAGGAAAGCUAGCUUCAAAAAUGCAGGCUGCGUCAACGACAUCACCAUCGAGAAUCAACGCAGCUAGUGAGACACCAACAGAUGCUCGUGAGCGUGUUAGACGUAUGCUACAAACCGAGGAAGCCAGCAAAACGCCCGCAGAAGAAGUAGCAGACGGGGGAGACGACGAGGAAUUACCAGUUGGUCCCCGCCGCCUGCAAAGACGCUCGGAAGCCGCUUCUACGCAAGAAAACGGCGGUAAUUCUUCAAAACCAGCCAGUCCUGGGUUAUUUCUAUCUUCGCCCGCCCGCCAGUCCCCAGAAAAGAGUAUGGAAGCUCACGACAGCUCAGGCUCAGAGGUCGACCUUCCUUCACAUAAAUCAGAUCGAUUCAAGGCUCUUGUUGAACGAAAGCGCAAAGAGCGGUUGGCUCGCGAAGCAGAGGAGGAAAGAAUCCGUACUGAACGACAAGAGAAGCUACUAUCGGAGACGACACAACUCCAGUCUGAAGACGACAGAAUGGACGGCAUCUCUGAUGAUGAAGGAGGCCACAGAAUGUCACUCUCAGCUGCACCGCAGCGCAAGGCUAGUAAACAAGCCAUGGAAGAGAUUGAACGUGAAACACAACGCAUACAAAGAAAUAUGCAAUUAAAGCAUGCAGCUCUUACUCGAAAGAAAGUCACGAAAUCAAGCCUUUUCGACAGGUUCAACUAUCGACCAGUCGGCGAACCCGAACCUGCGCCAGAAAAGCCAGCCCCUCCGCUGCAGCAGUUGCCUAGUUCCAGUAGACCGACAACCCCUCCUUCUGAGCACGAGAUGAAAGAUGCCGAAACGCCGCCGAGCUCACCACCUACAUCCGCGAAACGUGCUGCUGCUGUUGCUGCAGCUGAAGCCGCCGCAGCCGCUCAGUCAUCGAAUGCUAUUCAAGCAGCCAGCAAGGAAAUUGAAGGUCAGACAAAGGAUGCUGUAGAUGACAAGACACCAAAACCACACCGGAGGGUUCAGGUACGAAUGCCUAUUAAAAACAUUGGUAAGAUCUCAAUGGGCUCUGAUGAUGAGCUUGAAGUCAUGGUCAAUGAAAAGGACAAAAUAAAGGCUAUUUUCGAUAACGUGCCCAAGAAAAAGGCGGAAGACGCUUCGUCUCUGCAAGUUUUCCGCGCAUUUGCCAUGGCAAACUCUCCUGAGCGUGUCGACCGUCGCAAGAGAGGGCCGAGUGGUACAAUGACCUCGACUGAACUACAGGCCUCUCUACAACAGCGUGCGCGUGCUCAAGCCAAAAUUGAACGAGACCGUCGCAUGGCAACUCUCAAAGCUCAAGGUAUAUCUAUUCAAACUGCUGAAGAACGUGAACGCCAAGAAGCGGAGGUUGAGGAUCUGGUUGCGAAGGCUAGAGAAGAGGCUCAGCGGUUAAUGAAACAGGAACGUGAGGAGGAUAAGAAAGCAAGGGCAGAGAAUGGAGAACAUGACCCCCUUGCUUGGGACGACAGUGAUGAGGAAUACCAAGACUCCGCAAAUGAGGCGGAUGUUGAAGGAUCUGAGCUUGAGCUUUCUGGUUCGGAAGAUGAGGAGGCCAGUGAUGGAGACAACGAGAGUGGUGAGGAGGAUGACGGUGUUUCAAAGCCCAUCUUUGAUGACGAUGCUGCUGAAGCGGAAGCACCCGAAGAAGCGGUGGAGGAGGUACAGAAAGAGAUUGACGCAGAUGAGGGCAUUCCGUCGCAACCAAUGGGCAAGCGACGCCGUGCGCGCAAUGUUACUGCGAUCUUGUCGGACGAUGACGUUGACAUGGAGGUCGAGGCAACCCCUAGACCUCCAAAGUUCGGUGCGACGCAGGCGUCACCAAAGCCUGGUACGAACGACUCUCCUCUUGCCCCUGGUUCAGUUCUUCGAUCUGCAAAGAAGACCUUCAUCCCCGGACUACCAGUCCAAGGCCCUGCAGGGAUGGGGCUCACUCAAAUUUUUGCUGGCACCAUGGAUAGCCAGAUGAGCCCUUCGGGUCCUACACAGAGCAUGAUGCCUGACUUUGAUCAAUUUCCGGAUUCCAACUUCUCAGCUACGGCACAGGACGAUGUAAUGGAGGAUGUGAUUAAGUCGUCACAGCCUCAGGAGGAAGAGGAAACCCACGAGCCUGAAAACGUGCGACUCAAUCUAUCGCAGUCUCAGAUGCAUGGAUUGGACAGCAUUAUUCGGAACGACUUAUUUACCCAAGCCACGCAAGAUAUUGAACCAUCUCAGGAUGUGGGCUUACAGACGUAUACUCCCCUCCGAGAGCGUUUUAUUGAUGUGCCACAUGCCACAAUGGAUACGGUUAUACAAUCUGGUCAACUAGACCAACAAGAAAGCAAAGUUCAAGAUUCACCUCUUGUCCGUCGAGGUCGACUUCGCCGUAAGAUUGAACCAGAGCCUGCUACAAGUGAUGAAGUGCGCGUCACGCAAGACAUCAAUGUUGAUGCCUUUGCUGCGAUGAAAGAAAAGGCUGCAAAGGAGGAAAAACGCCGUCUUGCUGAUGAAUUCAAUCGCAAGAAGAGCAAGGCUAAGGAAAUGGUUGAAGAGCAGGCUGAAGAGUCGGAAGAUGAGUACGCAGGUGUUGGUGGUGCGGAUGGAGAAGACAGCGACAACGAAUCCAAUGCCUCGGUACAGGAGAUGAUUGAUGACGAUGCCAGCAACAACGUUGACGAAGGCAAGCUCGCUGCGUUUUAUGCUGAUCGUGAACGAGCAGAUGACGAAAAGGCGGUUGAAAAGCUGUUCAAAGAUAUCACAACUGGCAUGCUCCGGCGCAAACGAGGCGCCGAUUAUGAUCUCUCGGAUUCUGAUGACGGCGGUGAGGCCCGUCGGCGCAUGAAGCGCAGACAAUUUGCAAAGAUGCAAAAGGCUCUCUUUGCGGAUGAACGCGUCAAGAAGAUUGCUUCGGAUCCGGGCAACCAAGCGUUCCUCCGUACCAUUGAGGAUCAAGGCAGCGACGAUGAGAUUGACCUCCUUGGCGCCAUGGAUACGGAUAAUGCCAAUCAGGAUGACUCUGACUCGCCUGCCCCCUCACAAGACGUAAACAAGCAGCAAGUAAUUCCCGACAGCCAACCUCGCAAAGCCCUCGCAUCCUCGGCUGAUAACCGCGCCCCGGCGCAUAUGCGCCGUACAAAGGACGGCAAGAAACCAUCCAAUAUUGGCGAAGUUCGGGAAACUCUUUCAGAUCUUCUUGAAGACCCCGAGGGUUCGCUCAUUCCUGCUACUGAAGCUGGGUCGGACUCGGAAGAUGACGCUCCAUCAAGCAACAAAGAAAACGCCUCGCCAAACAGGCGCCGUUCCCGCGCAGUUGUUGAUCGAAUCUCUCUCAAGCGUACAAACUCGAAUGCUUCCACUGGUAGCAACUCUCGUCUUGCAUUCUCUGCAACAUCAUCUUCUUCUGGCUUCAAGGUCCCGAUGCUUCUACGCCGCGCUACUACCAACUCAUCCUUCAUCUCCACUAGCACCAGCUCUUCAUCUGCCGGCAAGGAUGUCGGAAUGGGCGGUUUUGGAGACGAGGGCAAGAUCAAGAAGGCUGCCAGCAAGAAAAGCGGCGUUGUCAGAGGCGUCGAAAGAGUCAAUGGGGGUAGAGCCAAGAUGGAAGAGAACGAGAGGCGACGAGAAGAGCGCAAGGUCCGUGGUGCCAAGGAGAGAGUUGGCAUCGUUAGUGGUUUACUUGGUAAAGGAUCAUUUGCUUGAAUUCAGCGAGGUUCAUUAUGGAUAUUGGAGUUAUAGGUAUUCCUUUGCAUGUACGGAGUUUUUCUUUUAGGGUUUAGCUUAUUUUAAUUCAUGCAAGAUGUCAGACAUAGCUGUACUACCA